AUGGUGUCAGAAUCGUAUCAGCACUCGGCAUGUCCUGUCGAAGAUGGUCGGUCUCCUGGCGAGCUGCUGCAAGGAAGGCGGCUGCGCACACCCGUGCCGGACUUCGAUCCCCUUCCUGUGAUACGGGUCAAGAAACACCGACAGACAGGCCACAACGAGCGGGUGCUGCCCCGCCUUAAAAACGACGACGUGGUACGCCUGAAUGGAGCGUCAUGGGCGCGGAAAGCCAAGGUAGUUGGAUCAGCCGGGCCGCGUUCCUUUUACGUGCGUACGGAGAAUAAUACCGUACUUCGGCGCAACCGUCGACACCUUUUAGCGACGAAGGAAGAAUGCGAGGUCGACUUGUCAGACGACGAAGAUUCGGACAACGACCGGGCCUCAUCACACGGAAUGACAUCCACAGCGCCAACCAUCACGACGGCUCUACAAACGGCAACUACGACGACUCUACAAGCGGCAGCUCAGCAGCCAACGGUUCAGCCACCGCGAAGGACAACACGACAGAAGCGGCCUCCGGAGCGAUUGGGUUAUGACGAGCGCUUCCAGCAAACGAGCCAGAUGUGUUGAGCUCAGCGGUGAACGACCGUUGGGAAGGAGGAUGUAUCGUAUCAGAUCAAGGCGGACAAGCUAUCUGGAUGCUCCAUUGCCACGUGCCUUUCCCUUGCCCUCUACUACACUAACCCCUUUCCACCUUCGGCUAUAUAAGUAACAACACGGAAUAAACCAAAGCAUUGUUAUCCUGAUACCCGAGUUGUCUAUUCUUACCAGCCCACAC